AUGCCGCAUGAGGUUCCCGAGGGACAAGACUUUGUCGCUAUUGUAGAUUACUACAGUCGAUAUUUCGAGAUAUACUCUAUUCGUAACACGCUAGCUGCCACCGUCAUUCACUAUAUGAAAUUAACAUUCUCCCACCAUGGGAUACCAGAGAAACUGAUAUCUGACAACGGUCCGCAGUAUGCGAGCGACGAAUUUGCAAAGUUCAGCAAGCAAUACGGUUUCGUACAUGCAACGUCAAGCCCCACACAUUCUCAGUCUAACGGGCUACCUGAGAAAACGGUGCAGACUGCUAAGCAUAUUUUAGCUAAAUGCAAAUCUGACCACAAAGACCUUUAUUUAGGCAUCCUCGAGUACCUAAACACUCCGUUGGAAGGCGACACUUCCCCAGCACGAGCUCUGAUGAGUCGUCGACUUCAUUCUAUCAUACCAUCAACUCAUGGUCAACUUCAACCCAAACUCGUGCACCAUAAACAAUAUCGCAAUUGGCUUGUCCGUAGCCGCGAAAAACAAGCUACAUACUAUUCGCGGCAGUCCUCACCACUUAAACCCCUCGAGAAGGGAGAAACUGUAAGAAUCAAGAAGCAAGGUAUUUGGGUUCCGUCGACAGUAACUAACCAAAUUGACCCGCGAUCUUACACUGUACAGACAACCGAUGGUCGUGAGUACCGCAGGAAUCGCCGCGACUUGCUCAAGUCCCGUGAAGCCACUUUGCAGGAGUUAGAUCCACUAAAUGUCUUGAGUCGCCAACAUCGAUCCGCCAUUCCGUUAGCUAAUCAGCGUACCCCUUCAGCCCAGAGCUCAUCCCUGAUGGCUAAUUCCAGCAACAUGGGAAACCUGCCCACUCAUUCUCCAAAACCUGAAACAAUUACAGCCCCCAUUGCUACCCCUAAGUUAGAACCCCACGUAACACGAUCUGGUCGUGUGGUCAAACCUCGCACUAUCCUUUCUAUGUAG